UAAGGGCGCCGCGUGGCGUUGCACGCUAGUCAGAAUGUCUUGAAGUCUUAAACUUCUCUCCUUUCUUCUUUUCCGUUACGGUUUUCUCCACAAGAGAAAAAUGUAAUAUCAAAUCAAAGGCUGCUGGUCCAAAACCUUAAAUCCCAACUGCAAAACCCUCUUUCUCUCUCAAGCAGAGAGAGAGAGAGAGCAAAUACCUUAUUCUCAAUUCAGUCCCGCCAUGUCAUUGAAACCGUUCAACACCUAUACUGUCGCUCUAAUGAUGUUUUUUACAUUCUUGAUCCUCUUCUUCCUGGGCUUUCUUGAAUUCCCAUCUGUAACAACUUCAAUUCCUUCAGCUAUCAAGGAUGAAUUAUCCACUACAUCCUCCAUACCCGACCCUUUUGUUGAUUUGUCCGGUGCUUUCAGGAAAUGGGAUUCUCAAGUGGGUUGUGUCCAGUUCAGAGAGAAAUUUAAAGAUUUGAUCCAUUUUGGGUCUUCUGGUUCUAAUCGGUCCGCUUCUUUGCAAGUGGUUGGCGGUGAUUCUGACUGUAGUGAUUUGAAGAUGGGUCAUGUUAGCGUUUUGGUUAAAGGGUGGACUUGGAUACCUGAUAAUUUGGAUAAUUUGUAUUCUUGCCGGUGUGGGUUGACCUGUUUGUGGACUAAAUCUGCAGUUCUUGCUGAUAAACCAGAUACUUUGUUGUUUGAAACAACCACACCUCCACGUCGGAGGCGCAAUGGGGAUCCACUCCGUGUCUAUAUGGAUCUUGAGGCUGGCAGAAAACGGUCAGGUCUUGAGGAUAUAUUUAUUAGUUAUCAUGCAGAAGAUGAUGUUCAGUCAACAUAUGCUGGUGCACUGUUCCAUAAUGGUCGAAACUAUCACGUGUCUCCUAGUAAGAAAAAUGACACACUUGUUUAUUGGUCUUCAUCACGGUGCCUCGCUCAAAGGAACCAGCUGGCCAAGAGUUUACUUAGGUUGCUUCCACAUCAUUCAUUUGGCAAGUGCUUGAACAAUGUUGGUGGGUUGGAUAUGGCUCUUAAUUUCUACCCCGAGUGUGCCAAUGAUGCCAGUGUUAAGCCAAAAUGGUGGGAUCAUCUACAUUGUGCCAUGUCUCACUACAAGUUUGUGCUUGCAAUUGAAAAUACAGUGACAGAAAGUUACGUGACAGAAAAGCUAUUUUAUGCGUUGGACUCGGGUGCAGUUCCGAUAUAUUUUGGUGCACCAAAUGUGGAUGACUUUGUUCCUCCGCACUCAAUAAUAGAUGGAACUAAAUUUAUAUCCAUGGAGGAAUUGGCUUCUUAUAUCAAGAAGCUUGCCAAUGAUCCUGUAGCUUACGCAGAAUACCAUGCAUGGAGAAGAUGUGGUGUGUUGGGUAACUAUGGAAAGACCCGUUUGGCAAGCCUUGACACGUUGCCCUGCCGAUUGUGCGAGGCUGUUAGUAGAAAAGGAGGGAGAAAUGCAUGAUCUGUGUUUUACUUGGGUUAGUUCUGCAGGCUACAUAGUGAUUCCAACGAUUUUGCUAAUUGGAUGGUAUUGCUGCUAUGAAUAUGCAAGAACCAGCCACAUACUGUGCAUAAAAAAGAACUCUGAAGGGAUAUACAAUUGAGAGAUUCGGGUACAAUCCCAAGCACUAGCAGAACUCUUAAGGGAUAUUCAUUUUAAAUUUUUGUUUCAGGGUAAAAAGAAAAGAAGGGAAAUGUGGGAUUAUUUAUGUUCUGUUAAAUUGAAAGUUGCAUAUAGCCAUUGGUUUCUCAGAA